AUGGGCGCCGAGGCUCUGCUCCGGCAGCAGGAGCCAUGGUUCGUCUGGCUGGCCGUUCUUGGUUCCCUCUACCUCGCCGCCUUCGCGUGCCGCCUCCUACACAUCUCCGGCAUCGCGCUCUGCCUGCAUGGGCCGAAGGAUCUUCGCCGCUACGGGGCGUGGGCCGUUGUCACCGGCCCGACGUCUGGCAUCGGCCGCUCCAUGGCCCUGGAGCUCGCGCGGUGCGGCCUCAACAUCGUCAUCGUUGGCCGCGACCCCGCCAAGCUCGAGGACAUCGGCAGAACCGUCUGCGAAACCCACAGAGUGCUGACCAAGACCGUGCAGUUCGACUUCUCUCUCGUCACCACUCCUCAAGGGGAGGAGGCGAUGGUGAGGUUCCGGCAGGCGGUGCAUGGGCUGGAGGUGGGGUUACUGGUGAACAACGCCGGUGUGGCGACGCCGCACGCGACGUACCUCCACGAGGCUGACGCGGAGGCGUGGGUGAGGAUGAUACGGGUGAACCUGUGGGCCAUGACGGAUGUGACGGCCGCCGUGCUGCCCGGCAUGCUGGAGCGGCGGAGGGGCGCCAUCGUCAACAUCGGCUCCGGCGCCGCGGAGGCGUUGCCUUCCUACCCUCUCUACUGCGUCUACGCCGCCUCCAAACGAUACAUUUCUCAGUUGUCUAGGAGCCUAUACGUCGAGUAUAGGGGCAAGGGAAUCGAUGUGCAGUGUCAGGCCCCGCUGUAUGUGGACACGAAGAUGGUGACGAACAUGGUGACGCGAGGGGGCCUCCUGUCCUAUCUGAUCUUUCCGACAUCGGACGCGUAUGCCAGCGCGGCGGCGCGCUGGAUCGGGCACCGCCGCCCGAUCUGCAUGCCCAACCUCGGCCACCGGCUGCAGUGGUGCCUCUCCUACUUCGUUCCGGACCGCAUCCUCGUUGCGCACCGCCUCCGCGAGAACCUCAGGCAGCGGGUCAUCUUCCAGCAACUCAGGUCAUCAUCAGCCGAGAACACCGUCGGACGUCGUUAG